AUGAAGCUGGUGCGGAAGGACAUCGAGAAGGAUAACGCCGGGCAAGUGACGCUCAUUCCCGAGGACCCCGAGGAUAUAUGGCACGCCUACAACCUGCUGCAGGUGGGCGACAGCCUGCGGGCCUCCACCAUCCGAAAGGUGCAGACGGAAUCGUCCACAGGCAGCGUGGGCAGCAACCGCAUCCGCACCACGCUCACCCUCUGCGUGGAGACCAUGGACUUCGACUCGCAGGCCUGCCAGCUGCGCGUCAAAGGCACCAACAUCCAGGAGAACGAGUACGUCAAGAUGGGCGCCUACCACACCAUCGAGCUGGAACCCAAUCGGCAGUUCACGCUGGCCAAGAAGCAGUGGGACAGCGUGGUGUUGGAGCGGAUCGAGCAAGCCUGCGACCCGGCCUGGAGCGCCGACCUGGCCGCCGUGGUGAUGCAGGAAGGGCUGGCCCACGUCUGCCUCGUCACCCCCAGUAUGACGCUGACCCGGGCCAAGAUCGAGGUGAACAUCCCUCGAAAACGCCGGGGCAACUGCUCCCAGCACGACCGGGCCCUGGAGAGGUUCUACGAGCAAGUGAUGCAGGCCAUUCAGCGACACCUUAACUUUGAAGUGGUCAAGUGUGUCCUGGUGGCCAGUCCGGGUUUCGUGAGAGAGCAGUUCUGCGACUACAUGUUCCAGCAGGCUGUCAAGACGGACAACAAGUUGUUGCUGGAGAAUCGCUCCAAAUUCUUACAGGUGCAUUCAUCAUCUGGACAUAAAUACGCCCUGAAAGAAGCUCUUUGUGAUCCAGCUGUGACUAGUCGACUUGCUGAUACCAAAGCAGCUGCUGAAGUCAAAGCUUUAGAUGAUUUCUACAAAAUGCUACAACAUGAGCCCGAUCGGGCUUUUUAUGGUCUCAAACAUGUGGAAAAGGCUAAUGAAGCUAUGGCUAUUGAUACUCUGUUGAUCAGCGAUGAACUUUUUAGGCAUCAGGAUGUAGCUACUCGUAGUCGAUAUGUCCGGCUCGUAGAUAGUGUGCGUGAGAAUAUGGGCACAGUUCGCAUCUUCUCUAGCCUUCAUGUAUCUGGGGAACAGCUUGGACAACUGACAGGUGUAGCUGCUAUUCUGCGUUUCCCUGUUGCAGAACUUUCUGACCAGGAGGAUGAAUCUAGUUCUGAAGACGAUUGAUGAUGGAGAAUAAUUUCACCCUUCUUAUCUUAUUGUAUAAUGAGACCACUUCCAUUAUAAUAUUUGUCCCCAAUAGUAAAAACCAAACAAAACAAAAAAUAGAGAAUAUUUUUAAAACAACUAAGUUGUCAUUUUGUGAACUUGAUAUUUAUGCAUUUGUGUUGCUGUGGUGAUAGUGCUAACGGAUUUCCCCUAGGAAAACAGGGGUGACCUAAUUGGCAAACAAUUCUGGUGCUUUGUUGAACAUGCACAAACAAUAAACUUAU